GUGUUCAUCCUUAAGAAAAUGGGAAGCUUAAUAUGGUUUUCCCAAAUCCUCUGCCUGUCCUUCAUUUUGUUACAGUUUCGAGUCCAAAGCUCCUCACCUUCUCAAUCUUCUCUUAAUUCACUGCCACAUUUGUGCCAUCCUGAAGAGCAUUCUGCAUUGCUUGAUUUCAAAAGCACCACGGUGAUGAUGUAUUACCCUUAUUGUUUUCCUCGUCCUAUAAUACAAACUUGGAACGAGAGUAAAGACUGCUGCUUGUGGGAGGGCAUCACAUGCGACAAGCGGAAAGGUCACGUGAUUGGCCUUGAUCUUAGCAGUAAUUGUCUUAAAGCCAAUCUAACCACAAAUAGUAGUCUCUUCUUCCUUGAGAAAUUGCAGAGUCUCGACCUUUCUGGCAAUUAUUUUCAUUAUCCUAACAUCUCAUUUGGGUUCGACCGUUGGAAGAGUUUAACAUAUCUUAAUCUUUCAGAUUCAGGACAGAUGGAUGGCUCUCUCCUGUUUGAUGAAAUCUUCUUGCCACCAAAAUUGGUUUCGCUCGAUCUCUCUCAUAAUUAUUAUUUGCUUCUUGACAAUAUAAAGUUUCAAAUGCUUGUGCAUAACUUAACAGAAUUAAGGUUUCUUAUCCUUGAUUCUGUGAAUAUGUCUCUGGUUGUGCCUUCUUCCUUGCUAAACUUGACUUCUUCCUUGGAGCAUUUGAGCCUUCGCUAUUGUAAUUUGCAAGGAAACUUUCCGAGCCAAGUUUUUCAGUUGAAGAAAUUGGUCUCACUUGAUCUCUCUGAUAAUGAUGAUUUGCUUCUUGACAACAUGAAGUUUCAAAUGCUUGUGCAUAACUUAACAGAAUUAAGGUUUCUUAUCCUUGAUUCUGUGAAUAUGUCUCUGGUUGUGCCUUCUUCGUUGCUAAACUUGACUUCUUCCUUGGAGCAUUUGAGCCUUCGCUCUUGUAAUUUGCAAGGAAACUUUCCAAGCCAAGUUUUUCAGCUGAAAAAAUUGGUCUCACUCGAUCUCUCCUAUAAUUAUGAUUUGCUUGUUGAUAACAUAAAGUUUCAAAUGCUUGUGCAUAACUUAACAGAAUUAAGGUUUCUUAGCCUUGAUUUUGUGAAUAUGUCUCUGGUUGUGCCUUCUUCCUUACUAAACUUGACUUCUUCCUUGGAGCAUUUGAGCCUUUGCUCUUGUAAUUUGCAAGGAAACUUUCCAAGCCAAGUUUUUCAGCUUUCAUCUCUCCAGUUUCUUGAUUUAAGCGACAACUCUCAUUUAAGAGGUAAUUUGCAUAAGUCAAGCCCAAGUAGUACCCUCGAGUAUCUGAAUCUUGAUUGUUGCCAAUUUUAUGGAUCAAUUCCAGAUGUUUUGGGAAAAAUGCAAAAGCUAACUCAUUUGAGCCUUUUUGCUAAUAGUUUUGAUGGUGAAAUUCCUAGCUCUUUCUUUCAUCUUGUGAAUCUUGCCGUGGUCGAUCUUUCUUCAAAUAAUUUAAGUGGCACCAUUACAGCCAACAUGCUUUCAAAACUUGUUAACCUUCAGGAUCUGGAUCUUUCCAAUAACAAUUUGUUGUCUUUGAGCAAUAAUAGCACUGGUGUCAACUAUUCCUUUCCGAACCUCUGGUAUAUAAAAUUCUCUUCUUGCAACAUACACAAGUUCCCAAGUUUCUUAAGGAAGGCAGAGAGAUUGGAAGUAUUGGAUAUUUCCAAGAACAAGAUUUCUGGUCAAAUUCACAAAUGGGAAAUUGAAGGGAUGUCAUUGGUCAGUUUAAACCUUUCUUAUAACUUUUUGACCGGUAUAGAUUUGUUUGCUUUUGAAAAUCUUGCCCAAGUUGACCUCAGUUCCAACUUACUACAAGGAUCACUUCCCAUUCUAUCAACAACUUGGGGUUUUAUGCAUCUCGUCAUUUCAGGGAAUAAUUUGAUUGGCGAAAUCCCUUCUUCUUAUUGCAAUUUGACUUUUCUUAAUGUUCUAAUCUUAGCUAAUAAUAAUUUGGGAGGAAAAAUUCCAGAAUGUCUUGGAAACUUGAGUUAUCUCUCCAUCUUGGAUUUGCGGAUGAAUAAGUUUCAUGGUAUAAUACCAAAUUCUUUUGUCAACGAGAGUCAACUAAUAACUCUUAACCUAAAUGGCAACCAGUUGGAGGGGAUAUUGCCACGGACUUUGGGCUAUUGCAGAUUCUUACGAGUUCUUGAUGUGGGGAACAAUUACUUGAAUGACACCUUUCCACAUUGGUUAGGUGUUCUUUCAGGGCUAAAAGUUCUCAUCCUUCGAUCCAAUCGAUUUCAUGGUGCCAUUUACAACUCUACACCUGCAUUUUACUUCCCUGGGUUGAGAAUCAUUGAUGUCUCGCAUAAUGACUUCACGGGUCUCCUGCCGAGUAGCUAUUUCAAAAAUUUGACAAGUAUGAGAGAUGUACAUGAAGAGGAAGGUGAAUUGGACUAUAUGGGUGCACAGUUUUUUGCCAGGAUUUCAAGGCAUACUAAUCCCCAUUACUAUGAUUCUGUGAUGGUAAUACUGAAAGGUUCAUACGUGGAGCUGACGAGAAUCCCGAUGGCUUUCUCAACUAUUGAUUUCUCAAUCACUAUUGGAGCUGAUGCAGUAAUCUCAGCACUCAGCCUUCUAGGUCAGUUUGCAAAAUGAUGUGCAGCUCAUUUCAUAAUAGAUUGUGACAAUUAUUGAUUCUUUUGUGGAUCUUCCAUUGUCAUUUAGUCAUUUUCCAUUAUGGUGGUGUCUCAUUGACUACUAUCUUUACCAGCAAAGAACUCAUUAACUAAAUUUAGUCUCAUCUUGUUAGAUUUUCAGAAGAUUAGGUGCAGGUCCUUGCUGGGAGUCAUUUUGUCAAAACUUAUAUACGCAAUGUGUUUUCCUAUUGCUUCUUCUAAAAUGAUAUGAUGGAGUGAACCAACUACUAACUGAAAUUUGAAAGUUAGGAUAAAUUUGAGUGAAGGCA